UAUGCGAAGCAACAUAUACAAAAUAUGUAUGUACUAUGCCCAAAGUAUAUAAGCUUAAAUGUGUAUGCAUAGUUAAAACUAUUAAAUAGUUAAUGCAGGUGUAUCUCUUUAUACAGUGACAUCUUUGACAGAAAAUAGCAUAAAAGCUCUGGCUAAGUACCCACAAUGCAAUAAAAGUUCAUGCCAUCAAUCUUAAAGCAACAAGCAAAAUUAAAUAGCAGGCACGCUUUAUAUUUUGAUUUUUUGGGUCAUGCGGCCCGUCACAAUGCUGCAGCUGAUGAUGAUGAUGAUGAUGAUGGCGUUGAACACGUUGACCGUAACACGAACAAUUUUGCAGUGAGAGCAAAUUAUAUAAAAUUAUCAUGCAGUUGCCACUCGUGAAAGGCAGCAAGGCUAAACUUGAGCUGCAUGCGCGGCGCUUUGUGUGGGGGACUGCAUGACGUAUACGUAAUAUACGUGUCUAGGCAUAUAGGGUGGCCAUUUGCCAAACAGCCAAGUGGCAAACAAACAAACUACACGACAACUGCGACAACAACAAAACAAACAGCAUUAAGCAACAGCCAACAGUAACAAAGCGGCAUAGAGAAAGCGAAAAAACAAGGAAAAACUUUUAGCAAAUGGCAAAAGUUUCGAAAAUACUUGCAAACGUGUUGAAGGCCUAGCUCACAGCAGCCCCCUGUACACAAAAUGUCAAAAUGGCGAAGUUAACAUUGCCCAUGCUACUGCAGCAACUGCAGCUGUUGACCGCCAAGCAACAACAACAACAACAACAGCAGCAGCUCUAUCAUAUUAACAGUAACAAUAAUAACAACAACAACAACAAUAGUUUGCACAUGUGGCUGCAACUAUGCCAAUUUGGCUGUCAACGUCAUUAUCUGCUGCUCGCCGUGCUUUUCUAUGGCUAUCUAAUGUUGCAUGCCACAGCCACAGCCACAGCCACAGCUACAGCCACAACCACAAUGUCAACAAAAUCAAAUAUGACAGCUGCUCUAGCUAUAAGUGAAUCACACCCACAGCAGCAGCAGCAGCAACAGCAACAGCAUAAGCGCGAUGUUGUCCAUGCCAAUGUGCCUGAUGAUGAUUACGAUCCAAACUAUGAUGAUAUUGAUGACAUUGAGGCCUUGAUUAAUAAUAAGUCAGCUAAGGGUAAAUACAUUGGAGCACCUUGCAACGAGCUGAAAUGCGAUGCCAAAUUAUUGCAUGUUGCCUGUGACAAGGACACACAGAUCUGCGCCUGUGAACGCAACUAUCCCGUGCAGCUGGGACCCGUAAAGGGUUGCGCCAAACCUAAAAAGCUUGGCGAUCAAUGUUUCUAUGACGAAACGUGCAUCUACAACGACGAGAACUCCCUUUGUGUUCAGGUCAGACACAAUGCAAUGUGUCAAUGUGCCAGUGGCUAUCACUCGGUUAGCUAUACGAAGCCGACAAGACGCGUCUUUUGUACGCCCGAUCUAAGUGAGCUCAGCUCAGAUUUGCCAACACUGUUGGGCGUGUCCACGGGCAUAGCGGUGCUGGCGGGUCUUAUCUGCAUGGUGCUGCACUUAUUCAGCAAGACCAAGUAUCCCAGGCAUCGCAACUUUGGGGAUGCCAACAUACCGCCGCCCAUAUUGUAUUCUAGCGAUACGGGCAUACCGCUGACGGUGCACUCGGCACGUCCCUCUUCACGCUCUAGCAUACGUUCGACGGGCUCGAUUGGCUCCUACGGUAAUCGGCGCGCAUCUUCGGGUGGCCUGCCGGGCGCAAGUGGCGCUGGCCAUAGCGGCGGCGGCGGCAGCGGCACGGCGGCUGGCUCCAAGGGCAUACUGGUGUCCACGUCACGUACAGGUUCUCGAAGACCAAGUCUAGCGUCCGUGCAUAGCACAAGCUCCUCGGUGCGCAGCUACAGCAUGAUGCGCUUCGAGAAGGAGGUGCUGCAAAAGGAGAUCAGGCAGGAGAUGAAGUUGCGCUUGGCGCGACUGCAGCAGCAGCAGCAUCUCACACAGAACAAGCCGCAAAUUGUGAUUGGCGAGGCGUUGCUACAACACGGCGCCAUCGGUCGCGUUACCAUGGCCACGCCCAGUCCACUGACGCCCAACUCGCUAGAUGAGCUGCUGCCGUCGCUCGACGAAAACCAGGAAUAUCCACCACGAUUGGAGAACACAUACAAGCAGCUGAUACAGCCUAAAAUGAAUACACAAGCCGCCUCAGCAGCCGCCAGCGCUUUAGAUCAGGCCAAUGCCAAUGCCCAUGCCAACUCUAGUACUAACGCUAAUGCUAAUGCUAAUGGCUACAACGGUCCUUGCAGCUCAUCGACUGAGGCACUUUAGAAACCAACUGUAACUAAUGUAGCUUAAUUAUACGCUUAGAGCAUAAGUCAUAGUCUUAGACAUAGCGUUCAGUUCUGUUAAUUGGCUAGUUAAUUGUUAAAUGUAUUAAGCGUCAAACGUGUUUUAGUUCGUAGCUAAUUAGAUUAUGUGUAACAUAGUAAGCAACGCUACUGAUGCGCAACUGUAUAUUGUUUAUAUUCAUUUUGAGUGGAUUUGGUUUUCAAUUUCAUUUCAACAUUAUAUAGACUUAGAUAAAGUAAAGCUAAUCGAUAUCAAAUUGAAUGCAUAGUUCUUAAUGUUAAUUGUUAAUGUGGAGACUAAGUUUGCAUAAACCUAAUAUUAGUACUGAUUAAAUAUACGCAAGAUGAAUUUAUAAAAUCGGUUUAUAUACUGUUUAUACACUUGAAAGCGAAUAAUAAUAAUAUUAUGUAGUGUAAUAAGCAAAAAGUAGCCAUUGCUGUGUGUACAUUAAAUUAAUUAACAAAAGGUUUUUGCAAAUUGUGUUAGCAACAAAACAAAACAAACACACACACACAUUCCAACUAAAGUCCACAAUGAGAAUAAUAAACUCACAGUGAAUUGAUUCAUACGCGAUUAACUUUAGCCGUUGAAACUAACAAUUAGUUGAUGUUGUUGUCACUUUUAGUUUUUAUGCAUUUCUCAAACCAGCGGCGUUUCAAAUGAAUACAAUAAACAAUGUAUACUACUAGUCCCAAAAGUAAUACUAGAGUUUUCACCCCAAGCAUAUAAUAUUUACAUAUGUAUACCUAAAAUAUCUGCUAUUAUGGUUGUUUAAAGUAGAACACUUUUAUAUACUCCUAUGCGUUAGGUUCGAAAUGUUUACCAACUUCAAGUAUUAUUAGACUAAACUACAUACCUAUGUGUGAAAAACAAAAGGAUAAAUACUUUUUGUUGAAAGUGUACUGAAUUUAUUUACUUGUGUAUUAAUUAAUACGAACCCCUAUGGCUCUCUAGAUUGUUGUUCAAACAUAUCUGUAUACUGAAACAAUAAGCUUUUAUUAUGGUUUUAACUAAUACCGCUAAUGUUUAAUUUCAUAUACUAGUUACCUAUCAUUUUAGACAAAUUCAAUUCACAAUAUUCUGUACAUAACACUAAGUUGUUCAACGAGUCAAAUUGAUUACUAAACAAUGCAUUCAUAUACAUAAGUGCAUAUGCAUUGACAUCAAGCGAGACGCUUUAGCAAACAUCGCAAUAUUUUGUGAAAUAGUGUCUAAGUUAAAAAAUAAAG